AUGGCCAAAUCAAAAAUUAUCGUUAGUAGUGAAGAGGAAGAAGACUCGAAUGCGGAUUUUGCUGAAGAAGAGUCGCCACUAGAAUCUGAUUCGAAUGACAACGCUGACCUUGAUGACUAUGACGAUGAAGAAGAGGAUGACUACAAGCCGCAACACACAGCAUCCAGAUCUGUAUCUCAAAGAAGAAGAAGGAAACCAGUAGGUGGUGGUGAAGAUGAUCUGAGAGAAGAAGGAGAGGAAAAUAGUUUGGAUGACGAACCCGCAACCCUGAGUAAUGAGGAUGAAGAAGACGAUAUGGAUACCAACUUUGAAAAUGAGCUCUCGGAUAUGGACGAAGAUUUGGAACCAAGAAACGAUGAUGAAGAGGAUGAACCUGGGGAAAUUUUGAAAAAGUCAAAAUCGGGGACAGUCAAAAAGUCAAUAAAGAUUAAAAUCAAGCCACCCACAAAGAAAGAGGAAAAGUCUUUGGGUAAAUCUGCACCGGGAGGCUCUAGAAAUACGCGUAAAAGGCAGGUCAAUUAUUACCAAGACGAUGAAGAUGGUGGCUUUUCCGAAGAGUUGACCGAUGUAGAGACUUUACCAAAGGUUUCAAAGAAAAUAAAGAUAAAACCGAUGCCAGAACGUAAGCUGCAACAUCAAGACCUAGAUCCAGAACUUAUACUUACAGAUGAAGAGGAGGAAUACAAUCCGAAUACCGUGAAUGAUGUAUCCAAGAUGACCGAGAGGCAAAGGGCGCGACUUAAUACAGAGGUAGUGGGUGCAAUCGAGGACCCGUAUUUCGAGUUGGACGCUAGCGGGAAGAAGCCAAAGCAGAAAAAGGUGAAGGAAGAAACUGAGGAAGAAAUAGCGUUGAGAAAGGCAGAGAAUGCUCGAAAGAGGCAAGAUUAUAAGAAUAAGAUGUUGGAAGAGGAAAAGAGAGAUACUUUGAACAAACUAUUGAAGAGAAGAGCGACAAAAUCAAGAGAGACGAUAGCUGAGGAUAAAGAGGGAUCAGUGGGGGUCGAUGAAGAACCAACAUCGUUUUACAAGGAAAGGCGGGCAACUUUGAACCACCCCGCAUUGAUUCGGUAUGUCAACAACACAAUCUCUUUGAAUGGUAAUUCAGUACUUGCUUAUAAGUAG